GGAGUGAAUGCCACGGACUGAAGUGACUCACUUUUCCCUUCCUCCUCCUUAUCAAUGAAGCCUGUCCGAGUUUGUGAUCAGCGAGUUCAGCCAAACCCACCCCGUCCCGCGCGUGCGUGCGUGCUGUCUGCGGUGGCCACUCGGAGUAGCAGCUGCCACUCUGCUCACGAGGGCGCAGCCACGCCAUUGAAUGCCCCCUCCAGGUCCCGCAACCCCAACUCCACUCUCUGCUCCCCGUCCACCCACCCUGCCUGCCUGCAUGCACGCACCACCGGUAUUAAUAUGUCGUCAAGGUUAGGGUUUCAGCUGCAGCUCCGCUCCCUCCCUCCGCAGCCAUGUCCCACAUCGCCGUCGAAAGGAACAGAAGAAGGCAGAUGAACGAGCAUCUCAAGGUCCUGCGCACCCUCACCCCUUCCUUCUACAUCAAGAGGGGAGACCAAGCAUCCAUCAUCGGAGGAGCCAUAGAGUUCAUCAAGGAGCUGCAGCAGGUCCUGCACUCCCUGGAGGCCAAGAAGAAGCGUAAGAGCUUGAGCCCCAGCCCCACUCCGAGCCCACGGCCGCUACUCCAGCUGACACCAUCACCGACGUCCAGCAGCCCCGACACGGUCAAGGAGCUCGGCGCCUGCUGCAACUCCCCCGUCGCGGAUGUCGAGGCCAAGCUUUCCGGCUCCAACGUGCUUCUGAGGACGCUCUCCAAGCGCAUCCCGGGUCAGGUGGUCAAGAUCAUCACCGUCCUCGAGAGGCAGGCGUUCGAAAUCCUCCACCUCAACAUCAGCAGCAUGGAAGACACCGUGCUCUACUCCUUCGUCAUCAAGAUUGGACUCGAAUGCCAACUGAGUGUGGAAGAGCUUGCGUUAGAGGUCCAAAAGAGCUUUUGCGAAGAGAUUGGGUACCCAAAAAGCUUAGGUGAUGCAUGUACUAUAGAUGGUUGAAUACAUACUGAUCGAAUAGUAGUGU